GAUACAGGCUAGGGAUGGGCUGGAGGUGAGCUGCAGCCAUUAGCAAACACAACUCCCAUCAUCAGGAAAGCAAAAUACAGCGGCUGAUUAUUUUCACAACUGGCUUUAUCUGAAGCUACGGAGCAUCAUCUGGCAGAGAGGACAGGAGCAGCUGAGAUCUCCUUCAGCACCUUGGACAGCACAAGCCGGAAAAAUGGCUCCAGUCACAAGCAGCAGAGAUGCUUUUGAUGAAAUUCCUUCAAUGGUUGGACUUGUCAGCGGGUUUGGACUUGUUUUCACUGUGUCUUUGUUCUCGUGGAUUUGUUGCCAGCGUAAAUCAACCAAAUCCAACACAACGCCUCCGUACAAGUUUGUCCAUGUGUUAAAAGGUGUCAACAUAUACCCUGAAAGCUUAAACAGCAAAAAGAAAUUCGGAGCAGAUGAAAAAACUGAACUAGCUCCCAAGUCUCUCAUCUCAAAGACUUCACUUCAUCUUGAUCUUGAAAAAAGGGACUUAAACGGAAAUAUUCCCAAAGCCAAUAAAGUCAGAAGUUCUCCAGACCUUGAGGAUUUUUCACAGCCUCAAUUACCAGAAAAAGACAAAGAUUCCAUUUCUCCUGAGAGCGUCAAGUCCAACGCUUCUAUAUUAUCCGUAGACAAGCAAGAUAAACUAGGAACCCUCUUUUUCGCUGUAGAGUACAACUUUGAGAAAAAGGCAUUUGUAGUGAACAUCAAAGAAGCCAGAUCCCUUCCGGCAAUGGACGAACAAUCCAUGAUGUCUGACCCAUAUAUAAAAAUGACCAUCCUUCCUGAGAAGAAACACAAAGUUAAAACUAGAGUGCUCAGAAAGACUCUCGACCCAGCCUUUGACGAGACAUUUACAUUUUAUGGAAUUCCUUACAGCCAGGUCCAAGAUUUGGUUCUUCACUUUAUCAUCUUAAGCUUUGACAGAUUUUCCAGAGAUGAUGUCAUUGGUGAAGUCUGCUUCCCACUCUUGGGAAUUGACCUGUCUGAUGGCAGAGUGCUAAUGAACCGGGAAAUCAAUAAAAGAAAUGUCCGGAAAUCAGCAGGACGUGGAGAGCUGCUUAUCUCUCUUUGCUACCAGUCAACAACAAAUACUUUAACUGUUGUUGUGCUUAAGGCUCGGCAUUUACCAAAAGUUGACGUAUCAGGAUUAUCAGAUCCGUAUGUAAAAGUGAACCUUUAUCAUGCCAAGAAAAGAAUUUCUAAAAAGAAAACUCAUGUGAAGAAGUGCACCCCAAAUGCAGUGUUCAAUGAAUUGUUUGUCUUUGACAUUCCUUGUGAGGGCCUGGAAGAUAUAAGUGUUGAGUUCCUUGUCAUGGAUUCAGACAGAGGAUCAAGAAAUGAGGCUGUUGGUCGAUUAAUUCUGGGGUCUUCUGCGGAUGGAACAGGUGGAGAGCACUGGAAAGAAAUCUGUGAACAUCCCAGGAGGCAAAUUGCCAAGUGGCAUAUGUUGUGCGAUGGUUAGCAAUGAAAUAGAAAAGAGCGGACCUUACCUGUUUCCAUAAAUUGUUUCAUUUCUAGUGUAAAAUAAUUUAGAAAAUGCUUGUAACUACAUUUUGUUUUGUUUAACACAUGGCUGAUGUAGGAAGGAAUAGCAGAAGAAAAAAAAUGCAAACCAAAAAAGAUUCAGUAUGACAGAAAUAGUGGGGGAUGUUUGAAAAGUCUGAGAAACGUUGUAACCUUCCCAAAAUAUAGUGAAAUCUAUUGCACAUGAUUGAUGUGGUCACUCCAUAUAAAACACAGCAUGGACUAUGACUUCAGAGAUGAAAAUGGUGUCCUUGGUAUGGCGGAACUUUUCUCCCUGAGACCCAGCAGAGCUGUCUGUAGGAGGUUCAGUUUGUGGCUUCCCUGGCACAUAGACAGUGAAAGUGUAGUCCUUUAGUUGGUGAAGUAAUUUACCCAGCACCCUUAGGCUCUCAUAAGGUGCUUGGAGUAGUACAACAACAGCAGCAACUGAAAGCCAAUAGAUAUUUCCCAAGGGGCCCAACACUACUACAGAUGACCUUGUUUCUGUGUUCCAUUAUCCUAGACAUGAUGAGAUCUAAUGAGACCACAUGCUGGAGUCUAGGGAGCUUUGUGCAUACUUUAACUCUGAAAUGAAAGCCUGGACACCUGGAAAAACAAUUGAAACUGAUUAGCCCAAAGACUCACUGAGUAAAAGGAACACUUUUCAUUUCACCUGCCAUGCAUUGAUGUUCUUCUUGUGAAUUAUAUGGAAAACAAAUCUGCUGUUUGAAUUUGUGAUUUUCAUAAGUGACAGACGUAGUAGAUGAAGCACUAACACAGUAUCAAAGGGCUUGGACUCACACAUUUCUGGUUUGAUAGAUAUACAGUAUAACCCAGAGCGGUGCAGGAAUCCAGUGCUUUGUAACCUUUGCAUACAAUACUCCCCCUUUCCAAAGAGAAUCUAUAUGUCAGUAAUCAAAUGUAAAUGAUAUAUAUUGUGAGCAAUGCAAUAUGUCACCUAAUACAUGUAUACAUUGAGUUUGGUUUGCGGCAUUCUAGCAACAGUGACAGAACAAAUAGGAGCUAAAUGCAUCAAAAAAAUGAAUGAGCUGACUCAUCUUCCCAUAUACCUACGUAUGUUGUUGUUAUGACAAAGCUGAUGCUAUUUAUGGUGCAUUAAUGACACACCAGAGACAUUGUAAAGUAACCACCAAUUAUUAAAUGUCUGAUUUGUUGGGUAUGCUGGUGUAUUACUAAUCUUAUCUUAUUAGCCAAUUUGCCAAUUUAUAUGAAAGCAAUUCAUUAAAAUGACAUUUCAUAUUC